GUUUAGACUGGAUGUUGGUGGCAGUUUAGACCAGUUUUUGGAGGGAGUUUAGACCAGGUUGUGAGGGAGUUUAGACCGGGUGGUGGUGGGAGUUUAGACCGGGUGGUGGAGUGACUUUAGACCAGGUGGUAGUGGGAAUUUAGACCGUGUCGUGGUGGGUGUUUAGACCGGUUGGUGGUGGGAAUUUAGUCUGGGUGGUGGUAGAAGUUUAGACCGGGUGGUGGUAGUAGAUAAGAGCGGAUGGUGGUGGGAGUAUAGACCAGGUGUCAAACCACCAUAGCGUCGUCAAAUCUUCAUGGAAGUUCAUGAUUAACCUUGCUGCAGACAGACGACAGCAACGCACCCGAGAUCACCGUUUCAGCUAGCGAGCAGAUCGUUAUCAAUAUUUGAAGCCGUCUGACGGAAAUCCGACUGUGCUCUCAAUCUCAUUUUAGGCACAUUUGAGCCUAUUGUGAUUAUAACAAGUGGUAUCAGAGCCCCUUGGAGCCGUCUCGACCAUGCCUAGACCUGAGGAAGGGGGUGGCAGAGGUGCUGGAGGCAGAGAAGACGCCCAAGCACAAGGUCAACACCAAGAUCCACCCGUUGCUCCGGUGCAACCUAGCCUUGGACCCUCUAGGGAUGAGCCUAGAGUGUUUGGCCUUGACAAGUUCAACGGUGACAACUAUGCUGUGUGGUCCUUCAAGAUGGAGAACAUCUUUGACCACUAUGAUCUGCUGGAGGUGAUGGAAGGAACGGAGAACCGCCCCGAGAACGACCCGGAGAAGAGCCCGUGGGUGCGGAAGUGCGCACAAGGCUACCUUCUACUUGGGCAAGCGUUGGGGAGCAGCCAAAUCCGUCACAUCAGUCAUUUUCAGCGUGAACCAGCAAAGGGACCAAAGGCAUGGGCUGCUCUCAAGGGUGUACACGCUCCUGCAACAGCGGCGGUGGCUGUGGUUUUGGAGCGGCAAAUGGCGGCACUUCGAAUUGACGAAGGCGAACCGGUGGAGGAAGGAGUGUAGAAAUUCCUAAUUUUUUCAUGCGUGGUUAGUGUAUGGGCUCAAGAG